AUGAGCGUCUCCGAAGUUGCUCGCUGUCUUGCCGCUACCGGCUUUGCCCGCCGCGCUAUCAAUGGUCAGGAGGGCUUGUAUAUUCUCUCCGUUGACGAGGGCAACCUGGUUGAAAAACAUUUCGUUGGCAAUGAUGUCGAAAGCGAGAACAUUGUGGCAUCGGACGUUCGUGAGGGCUGCUCGACGCCGUAUCUCUUUCAUGAGCAGAGCAAUAUGCGCAUCAUUUACCUCAUCGACCAAGCCAACACACUGCAGAUGUACACGUUCAAUGAUGAAACGCUCGAAUGGGAGCAGUCGCCUGGGUUUCUCCAACUCGCCAUCCAGACUAGCCCUCAGAGCCAGCUCGCCGCUAGCAUCACUCCGGGCGGCGAGACCGCCAUCUGCUACCAAAACACUGACGGCCAGCUAGCAGGAAUUGUCACUCAGACUAUCCCAGCCAGUGAAGACAACAAUGAAGGCAGAAAAAUCGGUUGGUUGGCCAUUGGUCCCCUCACAGAUGCCACCCCCAAGGCGGGCACACCCGUUCGUCUUGAAAUAUUCGAUGAGAAGCUGCACCUAUUCUACGUGCACGGGGAAACCGGCGGCCUGCGUUACGUAUUGCUGGACCCGGCGGUCACCAAAUGGGAGGACCACGAGCUUGGGAACAGUGUGUUCGGCAACGACACGCCCAUCAUCAGCUUUUUAGUGACGAAGAAUUCCGACAAGCUGCUGGAGACCUACGUCCACACUGCCGGGGGCACGAUCUGGAACGUGCUAGAGACCGGAAAAGACCGCAAAAACUUGGGCGAGGUGAACGUGGAGGGCGAUUUCAAGCCGGCCAACAAUGCACAGUCAGACACAUCAGACGAUGACUUUGACAACUUUGUCCUGCCACGGGUUGCAGCCUACCAUAUGGGGGUUGGCGGGACGGAUGAAAUGGACGAGUACGGCCUUGGCCGGAAUGUUUCACCUUCUAGAUGGAUGAAGUGGGUUUUAAAGCUCAAGUUUGUGAAAGAGGGAGCGGAAAAACACGGCAAUGGCUUUCUUGUCAACAUUCCUAAUCAGAAGUACGAUAUCGUUCUCACGGCUGCACACAACUUGGUCGAAAAGGCGAACACUUACACGACUGACCUCCGUAUCGUAUUCGCCGAGGAGGAGAAAUCAAUCGACUCGAGCAUGAUCCGUGUCUGCCAAACGUACCUUGACAGUCCGUCUGAAAAUUUCGCCAUCUACGACUAUGGUGUGAUCCUGCUCCAUCGCAACGUGUUGAAUCCCCGCCGCGGAUUUGGUUUUGGGCUCAUGCUCGGUGUGGCAUCGCCGCCGGAAGGUCGUCUGCUCUACGUAAGCGGCUACCUGCCCAAAGACUCGGGGAAGGGAGGCGAGCCGCGACGGUCCGAGGGAAAUUGUGUGCAAGCCGGAUCUAGCCAACUAGUAUAUCGUGCGGACACAGAGGCGGGAAUGAGUGGUGGGCCAGUUUGGUUAGGAUUUCGGGGGACCGAGACAGUGGUAGCGAUUCACAACUAUGGAGGCGGCGACGAGAAAAAUCCGAGGAACAAGGGCACCCGAAUCAACCUGGAAGUAUGGCGUACUGUUAGUACAUGGGCCGAAGCCAUGUGGACUAACAAAUCCCUGCACUAUUAUCCGACUACUUCUUCAUCAUCCAAGAGCAAUGCCACCGCCAGCUCUUCUCCCACCUACCAGAUGCACUUGCACAUGCAGAUGCCCUCCUCGAUGGCCAGAAGCAACAAUACAUACGCCGGCGAAAUUGGCUCUGGCCGCGUGCGUGUCGGCUGUCCCGGUCGUGUCGAGACAUUCUUUGACAUUUUACCCAUUGCAGCACGGCCGAUGGACGGCGACUCUCUUGUGUGUUAUGGAUUUAUACUGACGAAAUAUGCCGUGGCAGACGAAGGAGAAGAAGAAGAAGCGGAAGGGAGAGUUCAGACGUCGCCGCUUACCCCGCCAGCUGUACAAAUAAAUUCCCUUGAGGCUUCUAAAGAAAAAACCCUGUGGGUGCAUUGGAACCCCGCCUCCAAGCUGGUCUCCGUAGCCGAGUACCUCGAUACACAUGUGGAAGUGAGGCUGCAAAAUGUGGUGAGGUCGCCCCAAACGCCGUUUGCCAUGCAAGUGCGUGUCACAAACGGAUGGAUGCAGAUUAAAAUGGGUCGUGAGGAUUUGAUAGAGGCCGACCUGGAGCCGCUGAGGGAGGACCCGGAGGCAUACGAGGAUACGUCGGAGGUGUCUUUUAUAAAAGUUGCAAAGGAAAAGCUCGACAAGACGUUUGUUCGAGCCCCUUGCAAUGCUGUCUGCGCCGGCAAGCAGCAGGGCGGCGGCGACGGCCAGCCGGCUGUGGAAGCAGCCCGCGACCGCACCGGCCGACGGGCGACGGCACAGGCGCCACGGCCGGGUGAUGGUCCGCUGAUGGAGCGGCGGGCGGACCGCGAGCUGCCAGAUGUGGGCCGGACGCGGUUCCGGUGGAUGCGCACGCUGCCGUGGUUUGUGCUCAUGGUGGCGGGCAGCAGCGUGGCCAUCUUCAACUACCAGAAGUCGUCGAGCCCGGUGGUGUCGUCGACGCUGUACGCGCUGCGCACGUCGCCGCGGGCGCGGGCGCUGCUGGGCGACGAGAUCUACUUCCGCGACCGGAUUCCGUGGAUCGCCGGCGAGAUGAAUCAGCUGCAGGGCCGCAUCGACGUGCAGUUCAUGGUGCGGGGCACGCGCAGCGAGGCGCGCAUGCGCUUCACCAGCCGGCGGCCGUCGUCGCGCGCCGUCUUUGAAACGCUCGAGUGGAGCCUCGAGACGGCCGACGGCCGUAAGAUCGACCUGCUCCAGGACGUGGCCGAUGGCCAGGACCCGUUCCGUGGCAUCCAGUUGCUGCCGGACGACUACGUCGACGUGGCCGAGGAGCUCGGCUGGGAGGGCGUGCGGGGGGCGAGGGAAGGUGCUGCAAGUAGUGUGGGUGCGGGCGUGAACCCUGUCGUGGCGACGACCAGCGACGAGACCCGGGGCUUCCGACAGGCGGUGCGGAAGUAA